AUGCGACGUCGGAUCGCGGCCGGCCUCUGCCUGCUUGCGGCCGCAGGACUUGCGUCCGCGUCGCCGGUACUCGAAGCCAACGUGACGGCCGUGCGUAGAGGCGUUGGUCGGCUGCUUAUCUCGCGAGCAUCGAAUCUCAACGGCUCGUGCUGCCACUCACUGCCCAAGCUCGACGACGAGGUUCAAGAAGAGAUCGCAGGAGCGACCGAGGUGCUGCAGAGACAGCUCUUCAUGGCCGCCGAGCACGCGCACAAAGUCGUCGGUGUGACCGCGUUUAUGUGUGCGUCGGUGCUCUUCCUCUACUUGACCUAA